AUGGUCGCUCAAGUUCAAAAACCUGCCCCAACCUUUAAGAAGACUGCUGUUGUUGACGGUAUGUUUGAAGAAGUUUCUCUAGACCAAUACAAAGGGAAAUAUGUUGUUUUGGCAUUUGUCCCAAUGGCAUUCAGUUUUGUAUGCCCAACGGAAAUCUGUGCAUUUUCCGACGCUGCUAAGAGAUUUAGCGAUAUUGGUGCACAAAUUAUAUUUGCUUCAACUGACUCAGAAUAUUCUCUGUUGGCAUGGACAAAUAUGCCAAGAAGUGAAGGUGGUUUAGGUCCAGUUAGUGUUCCUUUGUUAUCUGAUAAAAAUUUACAACUAUCUAAGGAAUAUGGUGUCCUAGUCGAAGAAGAAGGUGUUGCUUUAAGAGGACUAUUUGUCAUUGAUCCAAAGGGUAUUGUAAGACAUAUCACUAUCAAUGACCAACAAGUUGGUAGAAACGUAGAAGAAGCUCUAAGAGUGGUCGAAGGUUUCAAAUGGACUGAUGACAACGGCACUGUUCUACCUUGUAAUUGGACACCAGGCUCUGCAACAAUUGUACCAGACGUUAAGAAAUCUAAAGAAUAUUUUGAAGAAGAAGCAGACAAGACUCAUUAG